ACACGUUCGGGGGAAAUGGCUUACAGUGCCCCAGGGCCUGCACUGGGUGUUGGGGACACAGCGGUGGCCACUACAGUCCCGGUUCCUGCCCUCGCAGAGCUCAGGGACCAACAGGAGACAGGCAGACCGCCAAGUGGAUGUCUGGUCUGGUUCCCGAUGGUCCUCCAGUCCCUGGCCCGCGUCCCUCUGGCAUCACGGAGAUCCUGCCCCAGAAUACCUGGAUCCGCCCCCAGUGAGCCUGCAUCAUUCCACACCUCCCCUACCCCCACCGCAGUCUCCCCGGGAUCAGUCCAGGACAAAGAGCUGCUAUCCAAAUAUGACCCUCAGAAGGAGGCAGAGCUCCGAAGCUGGAUCGAGGGACUCACUGGCCUCUCCAUUGGCCCCGACUUCCAGAAGGGUCUGAAGGAUGGGAUCAUCUUGUGCACACUCAUGAAUAAGCUGCAGCCAGGCUCAGUCCCUAAGAUCAACCGCUCCAUGCAGAACUGGCACCAGCUAGAAAACCUCUCCAACUUCAUCAAGGCCAUGGUCAGCUACGGCAUGAACCCUGUGGACCUGUUCGAGGCCAACGACCUGUUUGAGAGUGGGAACCUGACACAGGUGCAGGUGUCUCUUCUCGCCCUGGCCGGGAAGGCCAAGACAAAGGGGCUGCAGAGUGGUGUGGACAUCGGCGUCAAAUACUCGGAGAAGCAGGAGCGGAACUUUGAUGAUGCCACCAUGAAGGCGGGCCAGUGUGUCAUCGGGCUCCAGAUGGGCACCAACAAAUGUGCCAGCCAGUCAGGCAUGACGGCUUAUGGCACCAGAAGGCAUCUGUACGACCCCAAGAACCACAUCCUGCCCCCCAUGGACCACUCGACCAUCAGCCUCCAGAUGGGCACAAACAAGUGCGCCAGCCAGGUGGGCAUGACGGCUCCAGGGACCCGGCGGCACAUCUACGACACCAAGCUGGGGACAGACAAAUGUGACAACUCUUCUAUGUCCCUGCAGAUGGGUUACACGCAGGGCGCCAAUCAGAGCGGCCAGGUCUUUGGCCUGGGCCGGCAGAUAUACGACCCCAAGUACUGCCCGCAAGGCCCAGCGGCCGAUGGGGCUCCAGCGGCUGCCGGAGAUAUCCCAGACCCGGGGGAGGCCCCAGGGUACCCCCCCUACUACCAGGAGGAGGCAGGCUACUGAGGCGCCCAUGCGGGCUGUCUCCCAUCAUUGCCCCAUCCGGGUUUUCGGGUUUUUCUGUGUUUUUGUCUUGUUUUUCUUACAUGCCUGAGUGCUGCCAGCUGAAGGUCUGGGGAGAAGGGGUGAAGGCCAUAUCCAGAUGCAUGUGGGGUGGGGGUCCCUGCCAGGGCACCUCCAGGCAUGUUUCCCAACAGGCUUUGGGCCAAGCUGCAGGGGAGAAAGACGAAACCCGGGCAGGGAGGGGGACCGACCCCAAGUGGUUUCCGGUUGCUUCUUCCCUUCUUCUCUUUUCUCUGCCGAUCACUUUGUGGUUUCUGUACCCACAGAAGUUUCAGGCCGUUUUAGUGAAAUGAAAAUACUUUUUUUUUCAGGGGGAUGGUGGAGGGGGCUACUGGGAGAAGGUCAGGCCAUAGUCCCAAAAUAUUUUAGGCCUUGUGAGGUACUGGAUUUCCCUAGGACCCUCAGACCACCAACCCUGGCCCCUCCCAGGGGCCCAGUGGGGACACUGAGGCCCAGGCAGGAUAGUGCAGUUCUGAGUGGUUGAGGCAAAGCCAGAAGCCCCCAUACUUGUCCCCACACCCCACCAAAUACUGCACAGGGACCCCCAACCGGACGCCCUCCCGGGGACCAGCCCCUGCCCAGGAGCCCUGGGACCAAGAAAUAAUGUGAAAUACCGACUGUGGACCAAAGGAAAUAAAACCUCUUUUUCGGAAAUGAA